CUAUCGUUUACGGGCUAAAGCGACUGGCGAGUGUUCAGCGCCUUGCGAACCCCAGCAAGAAAGGGAGAAGCGAGACGUACAGUCGCACACAACGCCACCUCCAGUCCUUCCAUUAGCUCCGGCACAAGGCCGCUCUCCUCUGUGGUUUCUCUCAUUUUAGGGUGAGGUUCAACCUGCAUCAAUUUGGUACAACAGAAAUUUCUCCUGCAUCAUUUGGUAUCAGUGUCAUCAAUGUGGUGAAGUGAUGAUUAGUAUUUUGGCCUCUCUAGUUGACAAUGACAUGAUUACUGGUUGGAGAUAGGGAAUAACUGGAGAUAUAUGAAGCAUUUUCAGUUUGUGCAGUGCAUUGCUUUGUAUUCUUCAAGGCAAUAUUUGAAUGCUUUAAAGCACUACACUUCGACACUCUACAAACACAUAAAAUGAAACCGAGAGCAGAUGGGAUUUCUAGAGCUCAAAAGUCAAAAUUUUGUCAUGAAGGGCCAAAUUGGGUCCUUAUUGCAGGAGGCGCAUUAUUGAGCACAUUAUCAUUUCAGUUUGGGUACAAGCUCAAGCAAGUUCUUGAUACAAGGCAGCUGGACAAUGCUAGCAAUGGGCUGAAAGGAACUGCGAAGUCUGCCAACAAGAGGAAGUCAGGGACUUGCACAUCGCACUCAAAUUUAUAUUCCUUUGCACAAGAUGAAGGUGGUGGUUGCAAUUUCCAUUCAGCUGCAGGGUUUUCUGAUGGCAUGGUGGGGGUUAAAUGCUCACCAUCUGGCUCGAUACUCCAGGAAACUAACCCAGCACUGCCUUUGGUCACAGUUCCAGUUUUGGAGUCUAACAAAGAAAAUGGUGUCAUGUGGGCCUCUUCUCCCGAUUGCCUUGAGCUGCCUCCAAAGCCAUUCCAUCACUCAAAUAGUUCAGAUUCUCCCUGUUUAUCAGAAUCUGGUUCUGACAUCUUCACCAAGCAGGAAGUGAUACGGAAGCUAAGGCAGCAGCUGAAGAGAAGGGAUGAGAUGAUCCUUGAAAUGCAAGAUCAGAUUACAUCUUUGCAGAAUUCACUCAGUGUCCAGCUGACUCGUUCUACCCAUUUGCAAUCACAGCUUGAUUCUGCAAACAGAGACCUGUUUGAAUCAGAGCAGGAGAUCCAGCGGCUGAGGAAAGCCAUAGCAGAUCAUUGUGUGGUAGACACUAGUCCCUGUGAGAAGCCCAUGGCAGUCAAUAACUGGGCAACACGACAGAACGGGCAUAUAAAUGGGUUUAUUGUCGGGGUGAGUGAUGUGGAGGUGUUGGACAAAGGAAGUGGAGGAGAUGGAGAGAGGAUUGAGAUGCUGAAGAAGGAAGUGGUAGAGUUAAAGGAAGUCAUCGAAGGAAAGGAGUACUUGCUGCAGAGCUACAAGGAACAAAAGGCUGAACUCUACUCAACGGUCAAGGAACUGCAGCAGAGAUUGGCUUCUCAGGUACCAAAUAUUUUGUAGAUGAUCAAUUUUGUGUAUCCUUGUUUGGUUUCUCUUGUGUUGUUGCAUAGGGGGUGAAACCUCUUUUUUACCUUCCUUGGUUCAUAUGUUUUCGGCUGCAUACAUUGCACAUAUGCAUAUAAGAGAGAGAGAGAGUUCUGAUUGGUGAACGAUCAAAUGGUGACUCGUUGGACUACAUGGAGAUGGAGCCACUGCUGUAAUUGGCUGUACUGUAGUUCUCCAUUAGUUUGCCCUUUGGCCAUUAGCGUCAUGACUCCAACGGCACUAACAGCUUGGAUUUGGAUUCCCAGGUAAAUAUCAAGGUCCGGGCUAUUUUAUGGUUUGUGCAAGUACAUUUGAGUAUGGACCAUAUGGUAUGAAAGUGUAUAUAUCUUCUUGCUCAUUUCUAGCUGAACAGUUGACGUUACUUAUUCCUUUGUUUAUUCCUCUUAUUUAUUUACUCUUUUUUGUAAGAAUUUACUUUA